UCCCCUUCGUCGGCCUUUCUGUACAAGAGUCCAUCAAUAUCGGAAGAGAGGGUUACUUCAUGGUCGUUGGAGCACCGUUCACACAGAGCUCAUGGCCCCGCAGACUCAGGCUCAGACUCACACACCAAUCCUUAUUAAUUAUACGUUUCCUUUUCUCUCUACAAACUAAAUUUCUCCAGAUUCUGUUCCAUAUCAGUUCUCCUGCUGUAUUGAUCGAUCAACGGAACGGAAGUAUGAAGAAAAAAAUUGUGGUUGAAGUUUCCAUGGACGACCAGAAAUCUCGAUCUAAGGCGCUGAAGAUUUCAGUAUGCGUCUCAGGCGUAGAGUCGGCGGCUCUGAAGGGAGAAACAGUGGAGGUGAUCGGAGAGGGAAUCGACGCCGUGGAGCUGACGCGGCAGCUGAGGAAGAAAAUGUCGCGCGCGGAGCUCGUCAGUGUGAACGAUGUGAAAAAACCUGAAACCGCCCCCCCCAAAGUGGUGGCGCUGGAACCUCAAAUGCCGCAGUUUCUUAUCUACCCGCCGCCGUACGGAUUCUCCUCUGGCUACCCUGACAUGAUGAGAGGACCAUCGUACUACGACCCUGCCUGCACCAUCCUGUAAUUUAAAUUUUCGUUUUAUUUAUAAGUUCUUAGUAAAAAGGAAAAGUCCACUCUAUUGUUAUGUUGAAAGAAUAGACAUCGAUUUUGGUGAGUCA